UCCUGAGCGGUCUCGGGCCCAGGCCUCGCGACCUGAGGUCGCGACCUCGGAGGAAAAGAGCCGAGGUUUUCUUCCCCCUUGCGACUCUAGGCUGGAGACGUAGGGCCCCGGACAGCCACACCUUCUGGGACACAACCCCUCUAGGGCCUUUAUGGUCUUCUAUGGCCCUUCCGCCAGGGGCUCCGGUCUCUGGCCCAUCGGCCCCGAGGCUCCGAUUGUCGCUGCUCUUCGCCCGGUGCAGCCUCGCGACCUUCCUUAGUGUGUCCUUCCCCUGGACUCCGGCCGACGCGUCUCUUCUCGGGCCCAGAACACACUGGGGAUUCUGCGCGGGGACCGGGGACGCCACAGGGUCGAAGGCGCUUCGGCCCACGUUUUGACGUUGAAGCGUGUUGUCAGAAUUCUGCGGUGACCUCACGUCGUGCUUUGUCCAGCAGACAAGUUACUUCCUUCGUUCUUGACUGAACAGGAGUGUGGUUUCGUUUGCCCAGAGAUGAGAGGUGUUCAGUUCCACUGUCGUAAAAGCCAGUACCGUGGUAGCUGUUGGACUGACCAUCGCUGCUGCGGGAUUUGCAGGCCGUUAUGUUUUGCAAGCCAUGAAACAUGUGGAACCUCAAGUAAAACAAGUUUUUCAGAGUCUACCAAAAUCUGCCUUCAGUGGUGGCUAUUAUAGAGGUGGAUUUGAACCCAAAAUGACAAAAAGAGAAGCAGCACUAAUACUAGGCGUAAGCCCUACUGCCAAUAAAGGAAAAAUAAGAGAUGCUCAUCGACGAAUUAUGCUUUUAAAUCACCCAGACAAGGGAGGAUCUCCUUAUAUAGCAGCCAAAAUCAAUGAAGCUAAAGAUUUACUAGAAGGUCAAGCUAAAAAAUGAAGUAAACGUGUGAUGAAUUUUAAGUUCUUGUUAGUUCAUGUGUAUGAGUGCUAGCUUUUUAUAAUAAAAUGCCUCAAAGCUACAAAUCUUAAAAAUGAUUUAACACUA